AUGCUUCGUUUAGCAUUCAAGCAAUAAAAACGUUAAUCUUUCUAGUAAAAAAUGAAAAUAUGUGAAUUAUUACUCGAACGUGGUCUGAAAUUUUAUGAAUUAGAACAAUUUGGAAAUGCAAUAGAUUAAUUUGAGAUUUGCAUGUCUGUAUUUGCCGAGGCUAGAAUGCCAAAGAGAUGGGAAGACACCACAUUUGAAGAGUUAAUUCAAUAAAAAUAACCUGAGCAAUCUCUAAUAGACAGACUUCGUCUCAAAUUAUUUGAGAAAAUGGCAGAAUGCUAUUAUCGUCAGUUGGAACAAGGUGCAUGUACAAAGAUGUGCGACUACUGGUUACAAAUGAGUCCCUAAUGUAUAAAUGCUUUGAUUUUGCGUGCAAAAUCCCGUUUUUUGUCUGACAAUAUCACACAAAUAGAUUGUCAAAUGGCAUUCAAGGAUCUCAAAUUUGCUUAGCAACUUGAUCCACACAAUGCAGCAUUGGCAAAGUUUUAUGAGAAGGUGAAAGCAUAAUUAUUGGCAUAUAAAGAGUUGGAAUAUAAAAAUUACACAGAUUUGCAAAGAAAACAAUUGGAGUUGAUUCAACAGUAUAGAAAGCAAGAAGAUGAUGAGGAUGUCCAAUAGGAUUUCAUGGCUCAUUUGGCUUAUCAAGAUUAUGAUCAAGAGUUGAGUUAUGAAUUAGAUAACACAAAGCCUAUUCCAAUGGAAGUAUCAGAGUUAGGAAGAUUCAUAGAAACAAGAGGAAUGGAGAUGGUGAAGAUAUAUUAGUAGAAUGGAUAAUUGAAAGAGGCUGAAGACUUAAGAGAGAAGUUGAAAAAAGCAAUAGCAGCGAAGAAGUAAUUGGAAAAGAUAUCCUAAUUGGAUUUCAAUAGGCCUAAGAAAAAAUUGUAUGAGUUUGCGUAGAAGUAUGGUAUAAACUUAUUGGAUCCUCAAGUACAAAACGAGUUUAAGAGAAUUCAAGAGCAGAAUUUAGAGGACAUUAGGGAGUGGCUAAAACAAAACUAAUGGAGUUAUACAGAUAAGGCUACUUAGAUGCAAGAAUAGGAAUUGGCUAGACAAGAAUUGGCCAAAUUGUAAUUCAAGAGGAAGACCAUUCCUUAGAAGCACAACAAGAAUAAAUUUAAUAAGAAAGUAUAGCCAUUGAUUAGUACGCAGACUAGUGGUUCUAUGCCGGUGACUAUCAAUAAUAAUAUCACUUACAAUUAGACUUUUAAUCAAUGCAAUAAUGUGAUUAAUAAUUCAAGUAUGAUAAGCUUAUGA